GAAACCCCAAAAAUAACUAAACUAUUUAACCUAAAUGCAAACUAUUUGAAUAUUCUAUUUCCCUUCUUCUUCUUCUUCUCGUGUUCUUUUCCUAUUUCUUUCUGGUUUUUUGAUAAGACAAAAAUAAAAAUAAAAAACGAUGUCUUCAAUACUGGGCUCACAAGGAGUGGUGUUGGCCACGGCCAUGGCGGUCUCCGGCACUGUGAUUCUCCUCGCUCUUCGUCUCCAGAAAGCUUUGCCCACAACCCAAUUCUCAGUUGGUCAAACGCAAAUUCUGCGAUCAUGUAUUUCUUCUGAAGAGAACAAGAAAAAGAGGAAUCAUAAGCAAAAUAGGGUCCACUUUGCAGAGGAUGUGGUUGAUCCUAGGGGUAGUGGUGACGAGUUCAGAAGACAGCACAGUGUGAUUUACAAUUCUCUCAAUUCAAAAACUUCUUCUUCUUCUCUCAAGUUGAAGAAAAUUAAUGGUGAAAAGUAUAAAGGAAUGCCUGCUAACAGAGCAGCUUUAUACAAUGGAAUUCUUAGAGAUCGAGUGGUUCAUCGUGUGGCUUACUCUUUUUGAUUCAUUUGCUUUCAAUUUGAUUUUUUUUCUCUGUACAAAUUAUGUAAAAAGAACAAGAAUCUUUCUUUUCUUCUCAUUUUCAUUUAUUUUCUUUUUGGAAAGUACCAUAGGGGAUUAUUUGGCCCAUGGUUUUCUCUAGUUCUUGUACACAUUUAAUAUGUUCUUGGAGAUUGUUCUUCUAACCCCCUCAAAAAAAGUAGAGGUACAAAUUAGUAUUGUUAGUUCAAUGUGAAUCUUCUUUGGCUUUGA